AAUCUACUGCUGUCAAAUAUUCAUAGGCGAUAUAAUACAUCAAAUAUUAUUUGUCUAUAUUUUUUAUUUUCAAAAGUUAUACCUUGAAAAAGGUCAGGCAGGCAUACAAUUUGUUUCGAGGCUCCGGUUACCUGGCCAAGUUCCGUUAUUCGUGCCGAGCGUUAUUCUUUUGAAUGUAGGACCUUUACCAACCGUCAACGAUACUGAAAAGUGGGGAGAAGAGGGGUAACCAAGCCGUUAAAUCAUAAGAGCAUCUGCGUUAGUUCAUUUUUGGCAUUUGGAAGAAACAGUUGUGUCUCGAAGUCUUUCUUGUACCUAGCAGUCAGUGAAAACGUUUUGUAGUGAUAAUGUCUGGAAGUGACGAAAUCGCCGGUCCUUCGGUACCAGAUUCGGAGAAUAUUCCAGAAGAUUCUCUGCACAGCGAAGCAUCAAAGUUGCUAUUGAAGGAUGCGGUUGUAUUUUUCGAACGAUUGCUAGCUGAAAACGAUUUUAUUGCGCCAACAUCUUCGACGAUAAUUUCUCACGAUGCUAUGCUAAUGGGACGGGAAAUUUUUGAAAGUACUCUACAAAUGCUGGCUGAAAAAGUGCUCAUUUCUGACGAGGAACUCAUCCACAUGAAUGAAGAAGUUAACGACGAAGCUUUUGAAGAGGUUGAAGGAGAAUAUUCAUCGGACGAGUACGAACCACCAGAGAAAAAGCCUAGAGAGACAGAGCAUUAUUCGAUAGAUUACAAAAUAAAAUGUAUUAACAUUGCAAAAGCACAUCCUACGUGGAGCCUGAAAUCUUUGCAAAGACAUGGAUGUCAUCGUUUGAAAAAAAAAGGAGUAUUUAACCCGAUGGGAAGAAGAAUGUAAAAUGGGCGGAUCUACAUCAGAUAAAUAUUCUAUAAUAGAUUCGUGGACUUACGACCGUUUCGUUGAAGCGAGGCAAAAUUUCCAGCAAGUUACGACCCGAAAUUUGCAACAAUGGGCUUUGGCUGCUGCAGCACAAUUUUCAAACUUUGAAUUUAAAGCUUCCACUCCUUGGGUGGCGAAAUUUAAACAAAAACGCAGAAUUCGUCAACGAAAAGUUACAAAAUUCGUAUCGCGGAAGGAAACUGUAACAAUUGAAGAAACCUUGGCUGCAGCAGAAAGUUUCCGGAUACAGAUCCGAGAUUUAAUACCUAAUUUUGAUGAGGACUUCGUUAUUAAUACUGAUCAAACAGGAUGCCAAUAUCAAUCUACGUACAACAGAACUCUCACCGAUAAAGGAAGCAAGACUGUGUUCGUAAAGAGGCUGGACAUGAACAAAGUAACUCAUUCGUAUACGGCACAAUAUGGCAUCACUCUUUCUGGACGAGUGUUGCCCCGUGUGUUUGUAUGCCUGCAGGAGGUAACAAACAAAUUUGGACCCAGGAUUCAGAAGAUGAUCGAUGAAUACGCCAAAAAAUUUGAGUCAAGACUCAUCGCUGAGCGGCUACGGGCGCCAAUUUUCAAUCGUUAUGAUUUGGACCGCUCUGGAGACGUGCUGGGGAUUUCGUCUCUCCGUGACAAUCGGCACUGCAUCCAUUGAGCGAGAUUCCAACAUCGCUCUGGAGUCGUAUGUACUGUGUUAGAGUGGCGUAAGGUGCGAGGUCUGAAUAGCUCAGUGGUAAGAGCAGUUGCCCGGAAAGCGAAAGACUCGGGUUCGAUUCCCGAUUCAGCCACUUGUACCUCGCAUAUUUUUUCAGACCCGCAAAUGUUGUUUUCUAACAAUUAUUUGUCGGGCUGAGGAAGUGUGUAAACGCCCUACACAGACACGACAGUGCCGCUGCCACGGAAGAGAUGGAUGCUUGGUUCGUGCCUCCUCCCGCCUUAAAUCCCCCCCUCGCUUCACAAACAACGAAUGUCAUUAUCACGUCAUCGAAAUCGGGGAAGCUGACCACAGAUUUGUACAACGACUUUCUUAACAAAUCUCUGAAGCCCUACGUCGGUAAAAACAAGUUUCUUCUUCUCGUCGACUCCUGGGGAGGGCAAACAAAACCAGAACUGUACGAUGAAACUUUUCAAGACGACAAAAAA